AUGGCGGUAUCGGAUGUCACGCGACUUACGCUCGACCAAUCAGGAGUCGAGGUCUGCUGUGUCCUCGUCGAUUGCGAUGUUGUGAGCGCGACGAAAUCUAUUGGGAUUUUCAGUGGCGUUGAUACUAAACAAGGAACGGAACCGGCUGAUUGUUUGACCUGCUGUUUGCCAUGCGCCGAAACCUACUACUACCUACCGACGCUGAAUACAUGCAAACGAACCGCCCAACUAGCGAUCGGUAGUCCACUACCGUCCAUGGACAGUGAAAUGAAAAACCAACCGAACUUUUUCCUCCGCAAUCCACCAACUCCAAGAAGCAGACAAUCCCGGUAG